GCAGAGAGGGUCUACAGGCCUGGGGGAGGCGGUGUCUCCUGUGACACCUGGCCCAGGUGUGGGGCGCGUCACGUGGCCCCGCCGCCUCCCUGCCCGGCAGCUUCCGCCUCCUCCCAGCGCUGCUCGGGCCGGCCAGUCGGGAAAUGCCCGGGCCGCUGGCGGCUCGCUGAGCGACCCCCAGGGGCUGCAGCGCCGAGCCCGGAGCGCCCGCGCCGCCAUGAGUAAGCUCGGCAAGCUGUUCAAGGGAGGCGGCCCCGGGCGCCCCAAGGGGCGCGCGGGCCCCACGCCCCAGGAGGCCUUAGCCCGGCUGCGGGAGACCGAGGAGAUGCUCGCCAAGAAGCAGGAGUACCUGGAGACCAGGAUCGAGAGGGAGCUGGCCGCGGCCAAGCAGCACGGCACCAGGAACAAGCGGGCUGCAUUACAAGCCCUGAAGAGAAAAAAGAGGUACGAGAAACAGUUGAGCCAAAUUGAUGGGACGCUCUCCACCAUCGAGUUCCAGCGGGAAGCGUUGGAAAAUUCCCACACCAACACAGAAGUGUUCAAGAAUAUGGGCUAUGCUGCACAAGCAAUGAAAAAAGUGCAUGAAAAUAUGGACCUAGACAAAAUUGAUUCUUUGAUGGAUGAUAUCACUGAACAGCAAGCGGUUGCCCAGGAGAUCUCAGAAGCUAUUUCAAACCGAGUUGGGUUUGGUGAUGAGUUUGAUGAGGAUGAGUUGAUGGCAGAAUUGGAGGAAUUGGAGCAAGAAGAACUGAAUAAGAAAAUGACCGAUGUCAGAUUGCCAAGUGUCCCAUCCACAUCGCUGCCUUCCCGCCCUGCAUCCUCCAGGAAGAGAGUGGAAGAUGAAGAUGAUAUGAAGCAGCUGGCGGCUUGGGCUUCGUAACAUCAGACUGCAGUGUUUAGAACAACAGCUUUCUUAUGAUACAGGUGUAAAGAGUUGCAAUAACAUUUUAUAUGCUUAACAAGUCAGACCCAAUUUGAUCACUUGUUUUACUUUGGUAGGGCCAAAUGAUUUUUUUUUUUUUAACUUCGAUACUAUUUUUAAAUGUGGUGGGGUUUUUUUGUUGUUUUUUUUUAAAAAAAAAAAGAUUUUUAGGACUCGGUCAGUCUUGUCACUUUUACAGUGAAGAAUCCAAAUGGAAUUUUUAUUAAAAAGAGCUUUUACUGGGUAGAGCCUUACUACACAGUAUUUUUGUGAGACACUAAGGCCCCAUGUACACACGUGACCAAAUUCACUGCUGGAGGGAAUGUUUGAAAUGUAGCAAAGUCGUCAAGGUUUACAAGCAGUGGUCAGCCUGGCUCAGAGUAUUUGAAAGCUAGUGGAACAGCUUCCAUAAGCUGCUCUGAACACAUGGACCCAAUGGGGCUGCAUGUGGGCACAGAGAUCAUCCACCCAGAGCAUCUUGCGGUAUCAAGGUCACAGAUUGUAAGCUCCUGGGGGCAGAAUCUUCUAUGGAAGGCUUUGGGUUUUUGGUUUUUUUCUGAAAAUCACCAUAUACGCCUAUAUAAUUAGUUAUAAUCAAGGUUUAAAAUCAGUUCAGGCUCAUUCAGUGAAAAUAGAGUUUGGCUCUCAAGUGUGACUAGGGGAAAACCAGAGAGUGUAGAAUUAGGUUUAAUCUAGGUCCCUGCCGGUUUAAAACUGAUUCGGCUAACUCUGUUAAAGACCCAGAGGAGAUGCGGCCUAACUACUGCUUAUAUGCCUCCCAACUUAACUUUUCCAGGAUGAAUCUUAACUUCAUAUUACAGAUUGUUAAAAGAAGUCAUAAUGGGACUUGUAAUGCUGUGAUUUCAAAACAACAUUGGUUUCCAAGCAUUGAGUUCCUGUACUGAGACGUGAAUGGAAAUUGUAUUCAAAUGUUAAUAUUUGAAAUUUCUUUUAACUUCUUCCCUUGAAUGUGAGUGAUUUAUUUGUGGUGAUUAUGUACAGUAUUGCGCAACUGAUUAUUUUUAGUCUGAAAGGACAAAUGUUAUUUUGAGUGCUGAAGUACUAUGUAUGCAGAGAAAUCAAAACAAGCAAAAUUAAAUGUUUCUCUGUCAAAGUGAAUUUUGAUGUUAAAUGAGACCUCUGACUUAGUAACCCACUACCAUCUGCAGUGAAAUAGUGAAACACUUAAGUUGUGAGGUUUUCUAGAGUACUGGAAAUCAAAGUAGUACUGAUCUGGGUUUCUUGUUUUAAAAAUUUUAAUUGGUAAUCAGGCCAGCCAGGAAACAGUGGACAACGGGGGCUCUUUAUCCUUGUAGCAGCAGUAGAUUAACCACUUAAGACUGUGACAAGCACUUUGGCCUCACACCAGCAAAUGACUUCAGUUGCCAUUCUCCUGUACUUAAUGUUAAGCAUGGGCUUGUGUGUGUCUGACUGGAUAAAGGCCAGAGUGCUCAGCAUCAUGCUGGAUUGAGCCCUGUUAGUGGAAUGGGUUUGAAAUUACAAAUAUGACUGGAUUCUCCUUCCGUACACUAGUACAGAACUAUUGUAACUUCAUUCACUUCACUGGAGUUACUUUUGAUCUAUGCAGGUAUGAAUGGAGAAUCACGUCUGGGUGCUAGGCUAAGCAGCUAAGUGGCCUGUUAGGCCUUGUCUACACUAAAGGGAAAAGUUGUUCUAAGCUACACAAUUUGAGUUAUGUGAAUAGUGUAACUCAAAUCGAUGUAGCUUAGAUCUGCUUACCGUGGGCUCCACACUACGCAACAUCAACAAGAGACACUCUCCUGUCAACUGCCCUUACUCUUCUCAGGUGGAGUACAGGAGUCGACGGGAGAGCGAUCGGUGGUCGAUUCAGCCAGUCUUCACUAGACCCGCUAAAUCCACCGCCGAUAUAUCGAUUGCCGCAGCGUCGGUAAGUGUAGACAAGCCCUUAGAGAAACCCAGGUGCAUGUGCAACUCUGCUCCAGAGCUAGGAGGCACCAGAAAGAAUCUUUCUGGAGCAAUAGAAAGAAAGCUGGAACUUUGUAGGUCUCUAUUAAAAUAGUAUAUUUUAAAUGUAAAAGACUACGCUUUAAAAUAUAUUAUGGAAACUAAUACAGUAACGUAACAGUGUCAUUCAAUUAUAUUGCAUUCUAAAAUGCAAGACAAGAUACUGAUGAGAAGCUGCUGGGACUAGGGGGUUUAUUAAAACAACUAAUCUUCUGCGUUAUUCAGAUCUGUUUUCUAUGCAUUUGGUGAGAGUCACACUUUCGAGGUGAAAAGCCAGCUUUUCUACGUAAAUGUACCUAAGUUAUGGAUAAACCGGGUAAUGGUGAUGGACUGCUUAGGCACAUAACUGGCCAAGUGUUUGCACAGAUCUGAUCACUAUGCACACCUCUGGCAUUUCUAUACAUAAGUUAGGCAGUGCCAAUCUGUUUACAUGCUUAGUUUAGAAAGACUGGCCUAUAGCAUCUGUUUUUUCUCAAGUUAGUAGUUUUCCAAUACUUAGCACUUAACCUAUUCAAAGUGCUUGACUAACACUAAUUAAAUACAAUGUAUAUUUGAUUGUACCUUUUAGAAGUAGGCGGAGAUAUUUGUAUGGCUAUUUAAUUUCUCUUGAAAAUAAAGACACGGUCCCUGCACUGGAAAGCUUUCUCUGUGUCUAGUUGUGUACAGCACACAUUUGUAUGGGAUCUAAGCAUCUUAUAAGUAUCUAGAUAUUAACAACCAGCGACUUUUUGAUAACUGUAGGCAGGGAGUCAGCGUCGUUGUGGCACAAUGAAAGGCUUUUCCCCCCAGGCACCGUAGUUCUCAAACUCCAGAAAUCCCCAGCAUACCUUCAAAGACUAUAGAGGACUCUGGAGUCCACGUUGUUUUAAGUUAGCAAAGGUCAAGGCAAUACAUAGCCAUAUCGAUAACCCAAAUUCUAAAGGUGAGAAAUCUCACUGGAGAGACCACCACAAAUUCCCAAACACCCUUGGUAGGCUAAGAGAAUACAUCCAAAGAUGUAUAUGAAUCUUCCCAUUUCAGACUACCGAUGACUUUAGUCCACUUCAGAAAAUGCAAACCUGCUGCCUUUGUGCAGGAGCCUUUCCCGUGAUCAGUUCAGAAGACAGUGGAAAGUUAAGAGGCCAGUCAUUAUCUUGAGCAAGCUGGCACUACAAACUGCAGAAUUCCAGCUACAUUUUAGCCUAUGUCCUGGUCCCGCCCUCAACUCCUCUUGAUCUCCAUGGGAGUUAAAAGGUGCUCAGUGCUACAUCAGAGUUGCUGAGGCUCUUGUAGAAUCUGGCUCUUGAAGAAUAAAGCCUUUGAAGGCCUGGGAACCGUAACCUACAGUCAUCCAACUGAGAUGUCCUAAAGACUUAAGUAGGAUUGCUGUGACCCAGGGAGGCUGAGAGUUGGGUGGUCAGACGACUGUUUGGGAGCAGAGAUGCCUCUUUGCUCUAGUACGCUUGUCCAAAGCAAUCAGAGCAUAGCACUGACUGGCCAGAAUCUGAGUGAACAUUUUGAUUUUUAAGGCUUUUGAACUGAGGUACCUUCAGUUGAAAGGCUCUGUGUGGUUACAGGGCUGGAUCCCCAGGUGCACCAAUCAGUGCACUGCUACUGAAAUAAUUGGAACUAUAGCUACAGCUGAGGAGCUAGUCUUUAUGUGUAAAUUGAGAUGCAACUGAAAACUGCCUCUUUCUUUUUGAACAUAUGUCUCUUUUUCUGUGCCAAGAUGGUAUUUGUUUAGUAUGGAAGCAGAAGGACUUGCUAGAGCCAACCUGCUACUGUAAGAGUAUUCUGCAUUAACUUGAGCAUAUCUUACAAACCGGAUUUUAGAAGCAUAAAGGUUCACUAUAGCUGACUCCACUCUGUGAAACCAUCUUUUUUAACAGUGUUUCUUUUAGGAAUCUUUUUUUCUUACUGGGCUUUGAUACUUUAAUCUGGGUAUUUUCAAAAAGGGAAAUAUUUAAUUUUUUUUACAAAUAUUAAGUUUGUGCUGUUUGUGUAAAUUAAAAAAAUUAAUAUUUUGGUGUAAAUUGUUCUAUAGAAGCUUUUGCUUAUCUUAUGGUACCUAAACUGUCCUCCCUAUGCUUUAAUUCUGUUAUCUGGACUGGGCAAACUUUGGUUGUGUUAAGGUUUUUUUCCAAAUCUUGAACAAUGUUGGGGGUGUGUGGUGGGACUCCCAAAACUAGAUUUGAAUUCAAAAGUUUUUCCAAAAGCAAUUCAGCUUAAUAUAUAUAUUCUAGGUAAAGUGAUGCAUAGGCUACAUUCCUGGAGUCCUGUCGGGGAUCUUCUACCUUGCAGAGAAAAUUCCACUGAAUUAGAAUGAGUUCCUGUAAAGCGGACACUCCUUUCCUGGAGUUUUAAGGAAGACAUGCAAAGGUGUUCUCUUCUUUAAUUGGGCUUUGUGCCCUUUUGGGUUUUUUUUAUUUUUAUAGAGAGCCUCGAAGAGCUGGACAGAUGCAUGUUUUCCCUCUUUCUGAGGCUGCUAGAGAUUGCCUCCAAAAUAUAUAUUCUUGCCUUUCAGCUCUCACUUGUCAAAUCCACAAAGAUGACCCUUCUCCAAACAUUCAUUAGACAUUGGAGUUAAAUAGGGGUCAACACAAACAUGAGAGAGUUUUAAACAAUCCAACUUAGAAUCAUCUAAGGGAGGACAUCAAGUUGGGUAGUUUAGAUGACGUGGUGCCUGAAAACACCCUUGGCUGCCUUGGAAGAAUUAAAGAUUACUCCAAAAAUCUUAAA